CUGCUCCAUCCUAAUCAGCCAUUCUCAAGAGCAAACUGUUUUUCCUUACUUUUCCUUUCGUCGAAGUCCAUGCACGCAGCACCCCGAAAGCAAGUCAGGCUUCAUACAGAGGCAGACUAUGCCUGGUCUCGCCCGUAUGGCUUGGUGGAGAAACCCGGAUACUACCCCUAUGAACCUGAGGCGUGGGUUUAUUGUGACAGAUUUUCUUACGAAGAAGGCGAAACUGUGUCACUGAAAACACACACCACCGCUAAAUCGUACGAUAUCGAGAUCAUUCGGGAUGGAUUUCGUCCUAAAACUGUCUUCCUUAAGACCGGGCUCCCAGGUCGUAAGUGUGAUACUCCACCAGACGCUUAUGCAAAGGGUUGCAGAUGGCCAGAGGCGCUUCGAAUCCAUCUAGAGGAGGGGAAGUGGGAGUCGGCCUUCUAUCUCGUGAUCAUCCGCAUCAAAGAGUUCCAUGGCCGGAUCCACGAGCGAGAAGGAUUCUUCAUCGUAAAAGACCGACAGCGCAAAAGUGCCCAUGUUUCCACGGGUGACUUCGUUUUGGUUCACGCUACCUCGACACUCUUGGCGUAUAACGACUGGGGGGGUGCAAACCACUAUCGCGGCAUUCCAGACGGUUAUCAAGACGAUGAACCCUCGCCGUUGUCGAGCACUCAACGUCCCAUCGCGCGAGGAAUGCUCAGGAUUCCCCAGAACGCUCCUCGCGAGGCCAACGGACCGAUGAAGGUGCGCAUGGGCGACACCCCUCGAUUCCCGAGUCUCGAAUAUGCCUGGUAUUUUCGCUAUUCAAGACACUAUGCAGAUGCCGGGUGGGCAACGUAUGAGAGACCGUUUGUUGUUUGGGCAGAGAAGAACGGCUACCGUGUCCAUCAUCUGACACAAUCAGAUUUGCAUUCAGAGCCUGAUUGCCUCACAGGAUACAAGGUCGUUGUGUGCGUUGGACAUGAUGAAUAUUGGUCAUGGGAACAGCGCGAUACCAUGGACGCUUUUGUCGACAGGGGCGGCAAGCUGGCACGUUUUGGAGGCAACUAUAUCUGGCAAGUUCGAUUUGACAAGACCCUCCAGACACAGUACUGUUAUCGCGUGCCCCAGGCUGACCCGGCAACGGAGCUUAAUCCCACACGAGUCACUACCUUCUGGGAUUGCCCGUUAAUUGGGAGACCUGGCGCGCAGACUGUCGGUCUCACGGGAAUCAUGGGUUUUUACACAAGGUAUGGAAUGGCCGCGCCACGAUCCUCGGGGGGGUUCCAAGUUUACCGACCGGAACAUUGGGCGUUGGUUGGGACAUCAUUGCAGUACGGGGAUAGCUUCGGCACUGAUCCAAUCAAUAUCGCUGCAUUUGAGGUCGAUGGCGUGGAUUACGAAUUCCGCAAAAGCCUGCCCUAUCCAACUGGAAACGACGGAGCCCCAAUGAAUUUAGAGAUUAUAGCAAUGUGUCCGGCAACUUUUGGAGAGAGGGAUAUCUCAGGCGGACAAGAGCCUAUCGGAGGGCCCCUACGUGAGGUAGCAGAAGUUAUUGGGCUUGCAUUCGAGGGUUUUGAGCUUCCUGAAUACCUCCGAGACCGUGAAUAUGGCUCUGGAAUGGUCGCAAGCUUUGAGAAGGGAAAAGGCGAAGUCUUUUGUGCUGGAACGUGUGAGUGGGUGGCGGGCCUAAAUCCGUAG